AUUCGAGUUUUUUUGUAGGCUCGUCAAUACGUAGACGUGAUAAGUGUUGAAGAAUUUUUAUUGGAUGAGCUAAUGUUUUAAUUAAAUUAUUAAUUUAUUAAUUGGUACAUGAAAAUCAUUCUCACAUACAUCGGAAACAUUCGGUAAAAAUUAAUCGCUUACAGGAGACAAAUUUGAACGUUCAAAGUCGACGAUUGCGAUGUGAAUUCUCAUAUCUGUAAUAAUGUUGGAAACAGAAAAUCGACCCACUGGAACGAAAUCUCUUCAUUUGAAGAUAUUGGCCGGGUAUAAGUUAGCGAAAAAAGAUAUAUUCGGAGCAAGCGAUCCGUAUGUGAAAAUUGACGUCGCAACGUUGAACGAAGAGCAAGUCAUCGAUUCGGUUUUCACACGAACAAAAAAGAAGACACUAAACCCAGUUUGGAAUGAAGAGUUCUAUUUGAGAGUGAAUCCUUCGGUACAUAAACUAAUUAUACAAGUCUUCGAUGAAAAUCGAAUUACCCGAGAUGAUUUCCUCGGUAUGGUAGAAUUAUCUUUACGCAAUUUGCCAAAGGAAAAGCCAGAUGAACGAAUCGAAAGUAAAAUAUACUAUCUGCAACCGAAGAGUUCGCGUUCCAAAGUUAAAGGAUAUUUAGAAAUUUAUCUCGCGUUUGUGAGAGAAGAUGGAGACGUCGACGAUGAAGAAGAAGAUAAUACGCAAGUCAAUAGAAAUAGCCAAGUCGAAGAAGACUGGGAAAUGGUAAUCGAUGCACCUAGUUCGCAGCCGCCCCAACAAUCAUCAUCUUCUACCAAUCAAACACCUCAAGCAAAUCAGAUACCCGAAGGCAACGUUGACCAUCAAGGAAAUCCAUUACCACCUGGUUGGGAAGAAAGACAAGACGCGAACGGAAGAAUGUAUUACGUUAAUCAUAUAGCUAGAACGACCCAAUGGGAAAGGCCCUCCUUUAAUCAAAAAACUAUGUCAGCAUUAAACGAUCUUGUGAUGGAAACAGCAGCUACAGAAUUUCAACGUAGAUUUCAUAUUAGCGCUGAUCACACAGAUGAUAAAAGUUUAUCAUCGACUAGCCAGCCGGCUUCAGUCGAUGAAAGCGACAGCGCUUCGUCCUCAGAUCACAUUCCGAACCACACACCCCCCGAAAAUCAGCAGUCCAGAGAAGAAGUCGAACGAUUACCUCCAGGAUGGUCGUUGCAGAUUGCUCCGAACGGUAGAACGUUCUUUAUUGAUCAUAAUGCCAAAAUUACGACUUGGGUUGAUCCCAGAACUGGACGUGCUAGUCCUAUGCCUAGUAUGCUGACGUCGAGUAAUAACGGUCAACAUUCCAAUUUCCCCGACGAUGAAUUGGGACCUUUGCCUGAAGGAUGGGAAGAACGAGUUCAUACUGACGGAAGAAUAUUUUAUAUCGACCAUAAUACAAGAACGACUCAGUGGGAAGAUCCAAGGUUAUCGAAUCCCAAAAUUGCCGGACCUGCACUGCCGUAUUCCAGAGAUUACAAAAGGAAAUACGAAUAUUUGAAAAACCAAUUGAGAAAACCAAAUAAUGUACCAAAUAAAUUCGAGAUAAAGGUGCGAAGAUCGAAUAUAUUAGAAGACUCGUAUAGAAUUAUUACGACCGCCAAUCGAGUAGAUUUAUUAAAAACUAAAUUAUGGAUCGAAUUCGAAAACGAAGUUGGUCUCGAUUAUGGUGGCUUAGCUCGAGAAUGGUUCUUUUUAUUAUCGAAAGAAAUGUUUAAUCCUUAUUACGGACUAUUCGAGUAUUCGGCUGUAGACAAUUAUACUUUGCAAAUAAAUCCGAUGUCUGGUAUAUGCAACGAAGAGCACUUGAAUUAUUUCGCAUUUAUCGGAAGAGUAGCCGGAAUGGCUGUUUAUCAUGGCAAAUUACUGGAUGCAUUUUUCAUCAGACCUUUUUACAAAAUGAUGCUUGGUAAACCCAUCGAACUGAAGGAUAUGGAGAGCGUCGAUUCCGAGUAUUAUAAUUCCCUGCUAUGGAUCAAGGAAAACGAUCCGUCCGAAUUGGAAUUGACUUUUUCACUAGAUGAAGAAACAUUCGGUCAUACUUCUCAUCACGAGUUAAAGUCAAAUGGCGCCAACAUUCCGGUAACUCAAGAUAAUAAAGAUGAGUACAUUAGUUUGGUUAUCCAAUGGCGAUUCGUAUCUCGUGUUCAGUCACAAAUGUCCGCCUUCUUGGAAGGUUUCAGUCAAUUAGUACCGUUAAAUUUAAUUAAAAUAUUUGACGAAAAUGAAUUGGAAUUGUUGAUGUGUGGUAUACAAAAUAUCGACGUGAAAGACUGGAAACAAAAUACCUCCUAUAAAGGCGACUACAAUGUGAAUUCGAAAACUAUUCAAUGGUUUUGGAGGAUUGUGCUCAGUUUUAACAACGAAAUGAGAGCUAGAUUACUGCAAUUUGUAACCGGCACAUCGAGAGUUCCUAUGAAUGGAUUUAAAGAACUUUAUGGCAGUAACGGUCCGCAGCUUUUUACCAUCGAAAAAUGGGGUACACCGGAUAACUAUCCGAGAGCUCAUACUUGUUUCAAUCGACUUGAUCUCCCACCGUACGAAAGCUAUCAACAGUUGAAGGAAAAGCUGAUUAAAGCAAUCGAAGGAUCUCAAGGAUUCUCCGGCGUCGACUGAUACUGAUAUCUACUUAGGAUGACAUUCCCUAUCCAUCAUUCAUUUUCAUAAUAAGGUAUAUUUCACGAAUUUUGUAUUACUUAUAUAUUUUAUGGAAGAAAAUUCACAUUUUAAAUUUGUUCAUAUCGUUCGUGUAGUUAUUUUUAUUCAAUUCUGUUAUCAUCGAUUUGAUAUUUUAAUACACAUUACCAUUUUUAUUUAUAAUUUAAGUAUUUUUAAAUCAUUUGCCAGUUUCGCGAGCUAGCCCCGGUGGCGUUUAAAGUGGGUGAAAAUUCGAUUCGAAUUUUACGCAUCCGUUUGCAACGGUCGGGUUAGGGUAAAAUUUCGAGUAAAUUUUACAAUAUUGGUUCAUGUUUUAUUGCUUGUAUGUGAUAACAGUUUUUUUUUUUCGUUUUUAUUACACGUAUCAUUCUUUAUUUUUUUCUUUUUGUUUACACUUAGUACGUAUUUUUAUGUAUAUUAUUUUUUACAUGUGUAAUUUUGUCGUUAGUAUUUUACAUUCAGUUUCAAAUUGAAUAUCUACCUGUGUUUUGUAAAUCGUGAAUUAUCAUUUUUAACGAUUCGUUAUCGUAUCAUUGGUUCGAUGUGUGCGCUUAAUUGAGAAUGUGUUUCAUGGUUAUAAAUUCAAAUUGCCUUUUUAUUAUUAGCCACGAUUUUAGAUUAACGAUUUGAUUAUUUUUUUUGUGAUAAUCGAUAAUUUUUUUGUUGAUAUUUUUUUUUUAUUUUUCUUGCAGUUGUUUUUUUUUUAUUAGUAUGAUCAAAGAGAAAAUUUGGUUCGCCUAUGUCAAUUAACGAUUGUAAAUUUUGUCGUGUUUAGAAAAGAAAUGGCGGUUCUCUUUGAUCAUUAUUGGAAUACAUUUUACAUGACACUGGUUUCAUCACGAACCAAUAAUUUUCUAUAGUGUUUUAAACGUGGAAUAAUAUAUUGAGUGCGGCUUUAUAAUAUUCAUAAAUGUAUCACUGCUCGUAAAUUUUAAGACUGAGAUCACCUCAUGAAACCAGUUUAUCGAUGUCAAUAUUAUACUUUAUUAUUUUACGAAACUUCUCAAAAGAAAUUCUAAAAACAAUUUAAUUCUCUGUGAUUUUGUUAACUUGAAAAGUAAUAUUAUAUUUGAGAAGUUUGGUAUGAUUACGAUUAUAUUUGUAAGUUAUUCGCUUGGGCAGCGACUACACACUGAAUUUUUGAGCUCGGCGCAAAAAUAAUUUUUUUCGUAGGUUUAAAAUUUGGUACUUUUUAAACAAUAUUUUAUACUACCUUUUUUUUUGUUUCUUGAAUAUUGAGCUUAAAUUUAUUCUCUUUUUUUUCAAAGUUACCGUCUUUAAUAGAUAUGUGUGCGUGUUUUUGUUCGUCGUAUGUUUUAUCGUUCGCGUGUAUUUAUCGAGCAAGUGUAGCUUAUAUCGAUGAAUUUGUCUAACAUCUUUAGGGACCAAAUUAUUACACAUCUGACGUUCCAUUUUAUCGUAUAAAUGAAUUUCGUAUAGUUUGAUAAUGAGAUAACGUAUACGAAAUUGUUUGUCGUUGUUUUAAUAAAGAUGUAGGAUUUGAUAAUGAUUAUAUUUAUAGCAUGGUUUUAAUAUGCUGACUGGUGAUAAUGUACGAUACUGUUGAUUUUGUAGUGACUAUGAGUUGAAGAAUGUAAAAUGGUGGGUAUAUUAAUUUGCUAUAUUUUUUUUUCUGUUUCAUUAUGCUUUAUACACGAGUAGCUUGAAGCUAUAAUGUAAUAAUUAUGUGAAAUUGUAUCAUGUUCGGCGUAUUUAUAAUACAAAGUGAUUAUAUAAAA